GAGCUCUCCCAUCACAGGGGUUUCUGUCUCCGUUGCCCUCUGCUCCUUUCCUGCUGCUCAGCUUUUAUUCACCAGCUUUUUUUUCCGUCCUGCUCUUUGCAUUUCCAAUUGAACAAGCCACCAUGAGUCGGAUCUCUUACAGAUCAUCAACUGGAGGGGGCAUGAGGGGCUUUAGCUCAGGCUCUGCUAUCGUAGGAGGUGGCAGUGGUACCAGAAGCAGUUUUAGCUCCGUCUCUGUCUCCAGAGUUGGAGGAGGAAGAGCUGGAGGUGGAGGAGGCUUCGGAGCUGGUGGUGGCUUUGGCAGCAGAAGUCUCUAUAACUUAGGUGGAAGUAAAAGAAUUUCCUACAGCUCGGUCGGCGGAGGUCUACGGAGCGGAGCUGGUGGUGGAUACGGCUUUGGUGGAGGAGCUGGCUUUGGUCUUGGCUAUGGUGGUGGAGCAGGCGCUGGUUUUGGCUUAGGAGGAGCUGGUGGUGGUGGCGGCUAUGGGAUGGGUGGUGGAUUUGGACUGGGAGGUCCUGGAUUUGGUGGUCGAGGUGGCCCCGGGUUCCCUGUUUGCCCACCCGGUGGCAUCCACGAAGUGACCGUCAACCAGAGCCUCCUGGCACCCCUCAAGCUGGAUAUUGACCCAGAAAUCCAGAAGGUGCGAACACACGAGCGGGAGCAGAUCAAGACCCUCAACAACAAAUUUGCCUCCUUCAUCGACAAGGUGCGAUUUUUGGAGCAGCAGAACAAAGUGCUGGAGACCAAAUGGAGCCUCCUGCAAGAGCAGGGCCACACGGUCACCAGGAAGUCCCUGGAGCCCCUUUUCGAAGCCUACAUCAACAACCUCAGGCGGCAGCUAGACAGUCUUAUGGGAGAGAGGGGACGGUUGGACUCUGAGCUGAGGAACAUGCAGGACAUGGUGGAAGACUUUAAGAACAAAUAUGAAGAUGAGAUUAACCGCCGCACCGGUGCAGAGAACGAGUUCGUGGUUCUCAAGAAGGAUGUGGAUGGAGCUUACAUGAACAAGGUUGAGCUGCAGGCCAAAGCAGAUGCACUGGCAGACGAAAUUAACUUCCUGAGAGCUCUCUACGAAGCGGAAUUGUCCCAGAUGCAGCAGCAAGUGUCUGACACCUCCGUGGUCCUGUCCAUGGACAACAACCGCAACUUGGACCUCAACAGCAUCAUCGCAGAGGUCAAGGCGCAGUACGAGGACAUCGCCAACCGGAGCCGGGCAGAGGCUGAGGCUUGGUACCAAAACAAGUACGAGGAGCUUCAGGUCUCCGCCGGGCGACACGGUGACGACCUGCGUAACACCAAGAUAGAAAUUUCAGAGAUCAACCGGAUGGUCCAGAGGCUGCGGAAUGAGAUUGAGAGCGUGAAGAAGCAGUGUGCCAGCCUCCAAGCAGCCAUCGCCGAAGCGGAGGAGCGUGGGGAGAUGGCCCUCAAGGAUGCCAAAGCCAAACUGGCCGAGCUGGAGGAUGCUCUGCAGAAAGCCAAGGCAGACCUGGCCCGGCAGCUGCGCGAGUACCAGGAGCUGAUGAACGUCAAGCUGGCCCUGGACAUCGAGAUUGCGACCUACAGGAAGCUGCUGGAGGGCGAGGAGAGCAGGCUUGCCGGAGAGGGAGUCGGAGCUGUGAGCGUCUCCGUGGUGAGCAGCUCCAGCGGGAUGGGCUACGGCGGCGGCGGCGGCAGCUGCCUGGGCAUGGGCGGAGGUCUUGGCAUGGGCGGAGGUCUCGGCAUGGGCGGCGGCGGCGGCAGCUACAGCAUGAGCAGCAGCGGCGGAGGCUUCGGAGGUGGAAGCGGAGGCUUCGGCGGGGGGCUCAGCUACGGCGGAGGCAGCAGCUUCAGCUCCAACAGCAGCCGAGGCGUCAGCUCCAGCACGGGAGGCAGCGUGCGGAUCGUUUCCAAGACCACCACCAGCAAAAAGACCAUCAGAUAAGGAUGGUGAGCCUGGCAUUCCCUGUGCAGACGACGGUGUGUUUCCUGCCUUCUGAAAGCAAGUGCUGCCCUACAAAUCAAUGGAGUAUAUAGCUGAGCUGCACCCUCUCCUCCCUCUGGCCUCAUCCACUGGGGCAGUGGUGGGAGGCUAGGACCCCACUGCCAGAAUAUGAAGCACUUUUGGCUAAAGCAUAGGUUGUAACAGGUCACCAACAGGGCUUUGGAGAGCCGUCACGGUCCCCAGCGUUGGCCCUCUUCCAGCACAGUCCUCACUACUCUCUUGUUCUCCCCACGAAGUCACAAAUUUAAAGCAAAGUGGAAGCACUUUGCUGAAUGGGGAAAGCCACGCUUGGUCACACGCAUUUGUUUCAUUCACCCUAAAACGACGGGACAGCCUUGUGAAACCACUGUCCUGGAUCUUCAGCAAGGAAAAGAGCUCCAAGAUGCUCUAAAAGCCUCUGCCCACAACACGUGUUACAACCUCCAAAUGUUUCAUCUGCAACUAAAGAUUUUUCCAGCCCCUUCUGUUUUCUCAGGCACCUGUGGGAAAGGUUACUGCUUUCUGUGUAUAUGAAUUGCCACACUGAUUUCUAACUCCUUGUGCCCAUGGCUAUAGCCUCUUCGUUUCCUACCAUACUGUAUUGUCCAAUAAAGAGCAUCUGUCAUUUUUAAAA